AAUAUUUAUCCAUCUCUUUCCCAGACUUUGAUCUAUAUCUUCGGAGACAUGCUGAACUCAGUAGGUGCAGCCGGUAAGGUGUUCGAGUACCUGGACCGAAAGUCUGAAGUCAGUAUUGAUGGUAACCUGCAGCCCAGUGAUCUGAAAGGACACGUCAGCUUUCAGAACCUCACCUUCUCGUAUCCCAGAAGACCCGACCACGAUGUGUUAAAGAACUUCUCUCUGGAGUUGAAGCCGGGUCAGAUGACGGCUCUGGUGGGAAUGUCAGGAGGGGGGAAGAGCACCUGUGUGAGUCUGCUGGAGAGAUUCUACCAGCAUCAGCAGGGACACAUUCUGUUAGAUGGUCAACCACUGCAGAACUACCAGCACAAAUACUUGCACAGCAAGAUAGCGAUGGUGGGUCAGGAGCCUGUACUUUUCUCUGGCACCGUACGAGACAACAUCGCCUAUGGUCUGCCAGGCUGCUCAAUGGAGAAAGUAAAGGAGGCUGCCAGCAAAGCCAAUGCCCAUGCCUUCAUCCGCAAACUGGAAGAUGGCUACGAAACAGGUAAAUGAACUACUUUUCAUUCU